AUGUUCCUGCGGUCGACCGCGAUCCUUGGCGCCGGUCGCCGACGCGCCACGCCCGCGCGCGUCUUCUUCUCGUCGUCGACGCCGCCCAUGCUGGCCAAGCGCGAUGAUGAGAAGCAGAGCGGCGGCUUUCCCGGCGUAUUUCCCGCGGCGAAGAAGACGCUGCUGCAGGACAUUGUCGAUCGCCUCAACCACUCGAUGGAGCACCACCCGCAGACCACGAUGGCCUUUGUUAUCUCGGCCGACAUGGCCAGCAUCUUUGGCACCUAUCUCGGUAACGUAGGCGUGGUCAUUUCGCCCGAGUUUGCUUUGGCGUUUGCAGCCAGCCGGCCACUGCGCCGCCUGCGGAUGCCGUUCGACCUGGCCAUGGCCGCCAUGCUCUCCAAGAUCUUCCCGCCCCUCUCGCGCGUGCGCGUCUCAAGCAUGUUUCCCACUGUGCCAGGCGACCAGUCGUCGCUGCUGCACAAGGGUAUGUCGACGAUGACCGACAUUAUGGACAAGUACGGCGCGUGCUACAUGAUCGGGUCGCGCCUCGCCGCUCGGUUCGGCCAUGGGCACGUGGCUGCCAGCGUCGUGAUGGCCUCGGUCUUCUAUCCGGUCACGCUCAGCGUCACGGGCUACGUGGUGCCAACGCUUGCGCGGUCCCUCGCGCGUGCCAAGGCCAACGCCAUCAAAAAGUAA